AUGGAAGAAGAAUCGACAACAGUGAAAUGUAAAACUUAUGUGCAAACAAAGUUAAGUUUUCCUACAGAAGUAUAUAAUGGUCCCUCUGCAGAGAAAAAAAUACAAAAAGACUAUUCUACACUUUAUGCAAAGGCAAAACAGGAAAUAAAACCAAAGAUUCAAGAUAAAACUCAAAGUAACCGAAAAAUACCAUCACUUGAUGAAUGUUUAAAAGAUUCAAAAUUAGAAAAAAUCAGUGAUCUUCAACUAAAGCAGCAUCUUGAAACAAAUAUGCAUAAAAAUAAUGUAAUAUAUGAAAAAUCAGAUCCUUCCAAAAGGCUUCGUACUACUUUCUUAAAUUUUGAAAGUAAACAAAAAGAAAUUUUGGAUACAGAUACAGGAAUGCAUUCGGAAUCAUCAAAAAAAGCACUUGCACAAUAUGGAACAUCAAUGAACAACUACAAAAUUUUACGUGAUGAUAAUCUAUUUGAUAAAAAGAUUAAGGCACAUGGAUACAUUAAAAGUAACAAAUGCGAAGGAAAUCGACGUUAUCAAGAGCUUAUUAUGCAGAUUGAUUGUUUACUUCUCUUGAAAGAAGGUCAGCCCAUACCUGCAAGUAUUAUUUCUCAGUUUGGAAAUAGCUGGAUUCAAUUCGAUGUCAAAAAGUUAUAUGAUACGGUAAUUUCUUCAUUAAAAAAUCGACCUGGUAAUACAAGAUCAACAGAAUUACAACAAUUAUUUAA